UUCCUUUGUCCCUUUGUCAUUUUUUUCCUUUCCAUGGCGGUGUUCCUAUUUUUCAAAUCCCUCAAUUCCCAACGGAGUUAUCCGACUCGCCUUCGCCCUCCUCGCCAAAUCCGCCCCAACAUUUCUCCAACCACAAUCAUAACCAUAACCAUAUGUCCUCCAUUUCACCUCAUCCACACUCCACUCUUCCCUCACCUAACCCGGGAAUAUAUAUUACAUCCCCUGCUCCACCGCCCAUGCUGCAGUAUUCUUCUCACCCCGGUGGUGGAGACCGCAAACGCCCGCGUAUUGAUACGUCGUCGAGUUUAUUGGGUGUAGGGAUGGGCGGGGGUAUUUCAAGCGGUGGUAUGGGCAGUGCUGGAACCCAUUCACCUGGAGGUAUUCUUUCCGCCCCGCCACACACCAUCCCUGAAGAGGUAGUGAAUGUUCGUAAUUCGAAAAAGUUCUCGACGAGGGCACGGAGUGACUCGGCCCCUCUGGGUCAUCAGCACAGCUAUUCUCAAGGCGGAGGAGGGUAUUAUCAAGCACCUGGGCCCAAUUCUUGGGGAGUACCCCAGGAUUUGAUUGGCCGGCCGAGAAGUGGGGGUGGGCUGGUUGGGGGAGGGAUGCAAAAUAUUGGGAACUUAGGUCGUGGAGAAGGGUUAUAGCGUAUUGCUUGUCCCUGUGCCACCAGUUUCACAAGGACCUCGCGAAGGAAUAUUCUCAGAAUUUAUUCCUUUGCCGUCCCGUCCCUUCUUUCCCUCCUUUUACCUCGGUGUUUUG